GGAACACACAGGCAGAGACGCAAACGGACCCUGUGCUGAAUACAGAAGGAGUCUCACACACAGCGUCGCUCCGCCUGGGACUAUAUUGCAACCCGCCUACACCUGUCUGAGGAUGAACUUUGCAGCCCAGUUCCUCUACUCACGCUACAAGAACAGCGCUACUCCUCGAGAAGCCAGAGGCUCUGAUGGCGAGGAAAACGAUCCCUUCUGGCAAAGGUCAGCCACCCCUCACUUUCACCCCUCCGAUCAGCCCGCUGUGAAGAGACAGUCAUUAGCCCAAGCUACUGUAACGCACCCUGUAGCCCCACCUCCUCCUCCUCUCCAGUCCCAUGGUGAUCCAGCAGCUUCCCCAGCCCAGCGGGAGUCCUCCUCCAUCAUCCCAAAGCCUCUUUUACUUCCCUUCCAAGAUCUGGUGGGCCUUCUCCUCCGGCUGGCUCUGUCCCUCAUCUUCCUGCUCUUUUUCAGUGAAGGGCAGCGCGGCACUGGCAACCAAAAGGACACGUCACACCGUGAGGGCCGCAGUCACAGGGAAGGGCCAAUUAGGAAUGGCCAUGUACCUCCCCGUCCAACCGCCAUCCACCCCGAGCGCCUGAAGGACUUUGGGGAGGAGGAGUACCUGAACGGGGAUGUCAAGACCUUGGAGAUGAAGAUUGUAGGUCGUCCUGAGCCCCUGCUGGGGGAUCCAGCAAUUCCUCCAACUCAGAAGGUGCGCCAGCCCAGCCAAGAGACCCCUGCGGAGUUCAUCCGCUUUGAGGAUAUCAGCACUGCUGCCCUCAAGAUCCAGUCUGGAGUCCAGAAGACUCCCUGCACGUAUUCCCGGCUGUCCAAGCAGUGUGGCAUAGAGAUCUUCCUGAAGAAGGAGUACCUCCAGUACACAGGCACAGUGAAGGAGCGCGGCGUGCUGUGCCUCCUCUCGUCCCUGCGCCAGGAGCAGCAAAAAAAGGGGGUGAUUGUGGCAUCUGACAGCAACUUCGCCAUGGCGGUGGCACACCAGGCCUGCGAGCUGCACAUUCCCGUGUUCGUUAUCAUGGCCGCCGACAGCUCGCCGACGCGGCUCAGGAUGUGCCGGGAGUACGGCGCCAUGGUGAUAUCCUAUGGCAGCACCCCCCAGGACUCACAAAGCCACGCUCGGCGCCUGGCGCAGGAGAAUGGCUACCUCUACCUGGAAGAGGUUGACAAUGCCAUGUACCUGGCAGGACUAGGCACUGUGGGCUUGGAGAUGUUUGAGCAAGUGCCCAAGCUGGAUGCAGUGGUUGUGCCCGCUGGGGGCCACUCUCGGCUGCUGGCUGGAACGGCAGCUGCGCUCAAACACCUCAACCGCCGCAUCAGUGUCAUCGGAGUUGAGCCGGAAGACUUCCCCCUUCUACAGAAGUCUCUUAAAAUUGACCACCCUGUCAAAGAGCAGCCCAUCGCCCCUAACAGGAAACUCUAUGGAGAUCUGGUGGGUCCCCCAUUUGGAAAAGAGGCCUUUCAGCUGGUCAAGAAGUUGGUGGACAAAGUUGUCACUGUCAGUGAGCAGGAUGCACUACUGUCAAUGCUGCGGUUCCAGGAAUAUGAGAGAGCCACAGUGGACACUGAAGGAGCCAUAGGGCUGGCAGCCAUCUUGGCCGGAAAGCUUCCAGAGCUUAAGGGCAAGAGAGUGGCGGUGCUGGUCAGCAGUGCUAACAUGGAGCUGGACCUGAUGAGGCAGUGUGUGGACCGAGCCCUGGCUCUGGACUCCCGGGUCAACAAAUUCACAGUGCAGCUGGGGCGGGGGCCCGGGGACCUGGCCAAACUCCUGGACCUCCUGGCUAGGGAGGAUGUGAGUCUGCUGGAUAUCCGACAUGAGGCCCAGAUAGGUGCAACAGAUCUCUUCCAUGGUCAGGUGUCGUGUGUCGUGGAGACCAGGGACAAGUCCCAAACAGCUCAACUGCGCAGUAAUCUGUCAGAGCGUUAUGCUACUCUGCGCUGGCAAGAUCGGUGACUACAGAGGCCACUGGCGUACCUCUUAUACUGCACCUCUUAUAACACACACAGGCAGCAUCCACAACCCAGUAAUUAAUUCACUUAUACUGCAUCACAUACUGUCAUUCACUGUGCAGCGCCUUUGAUCAAAAACACUAGACAAGUUUCAUUCACUUAGUCCAGAAUAACAGUACAGCUACACACACAGCCCUGACAUGUAUUGUGGUGUAUGAGUCAUUUUCCUGCAAUGUAAUUUUCAAAAUGCCUUAUCAGGCAUCACAAAAAGUACAGACUGUCCGCACCUCUGAACAGCUCAAGUCUACGCACACAGGAGCUAAAUAUUGAUAUUUGUAACAUAAUAUUUGUCAUUAAAGCUUGUGUUUCUGAAAUACUGUAUAUACAUUUUGUUUCUAAAGGAGUUUGAAUGUUGUAGGCUAUUAAAAAAAUCACUGUGCUUGGGGAAAAAAGUGUUCUGUAAAUUGUUUUUGUCAAGGGUUUCAACCUGUCACCUUCAAAGGUAAAAAAACUGAAAAUAACUUUGACUAAGUAAAAGUCAAAUGGCUGCAGUACUUUACAGGGAAAUUUUCCAAAUGAGAAUGUUGUGCAUGUUUCCACAUGUGAUUUUAUAUUCUUUGUGAGAUGUUGUAAUUGGUUGAUUUAAAUACUUGUAAUUUCUAAACAGGUAAAUACUCCUGAAUCACAAUAAAGCAAUCAACGCGAGAUAUCAAUAGGAAUCUUUGCAUCACUCAAUUUUUGCAUUGCUCCAGUUAGUGUUAUUUUAAACAUUUUAUUCUUCUUUGCAAAAGUAGUUUAAAGGCACAACAUUGUAAAACUUUGCAUUUUACAAAAUUAUCUCAAUCAAUGAAUACCUAACAAAUCAAUGAGACCUCAUAAACAGCAAGGGCACAAUUAGUGUAUGCAGGUUCUCUUAAUAUUGCAACAGCACUUACUAAUGUGCAAAACAUCAAUACAGCAGUUAGAGUUGAGUGUCGUGUCUUUUGGCCAGAGUUAGAGUUGAGUGUUUUUGAUCUAGUCAUGUAAAGCAGAUGUAACUAGUGUAGUGCUGUUGAAAUUAUGAAAUUGACAAGAAUAUUGAACUUUUAUUGACUGUUCAGCAAAUAAUUUGUUCAACCAGAAAAGUCAGAGCUAAGACUGAAAAUCUGAAACAAGCUGUUGUUUUCACUAAUUCACAAUUGCUGAUUAUUCUACACGGACAAAGUGAAUCUUGCUUUGCAGGGGAUACAGGCUUUAGUUUUGUUAUUAAAAUGAGUCUGUUAUGGCAGCACAGUGCUGCCUGUUAUUGCUUGGGUCCUGGGUGCCCAGAUAGGCAGCAAUACUACCCAUUACACCACUGUGCUACAGAACAGACUCAUUUUAAUAACAAAACUAAAGCCUGGAUCCAGACCCGGGGUGCUAUUUGCAUGGAGUUUGUGUGUUGUCCCUGUUCAUGUGGAUUUCAUCUGGUCCAUAGUGAUACUGAUAGG